UCGUUCUCAGCUAGCAUCAUCUCCAAAGUCUACCACCGUGGCACCGCCAGUAGACACGUGGCGGUGCAUAGUUAAAAAGACACUGAGUACGACUUGUUUACACCAUUGGUAUGAUUGACUUGACCCUCUAUUUCUUUUCUUUAUGAGAAGAAGUACACUCAAGAUGCGUGUGUAAUCGAUUCAGAUCUCCCCAAACACGUGUCACUCUCCUGCUGUCUUAAUUUCCCUCUCUUUUUAUCUCCUCUCCCAAACUCUCUCCUCCCUUUCACUCACACCGAUCUACAUGGACCCUUCAAAUAAAGGCCAACGCGAGAGAGACGACCUGGAGCUAGCUUCAAUGAGCUCAGGAAUCUCCUCCAAACUAAGCAGCACGGAGGGUUCUAUCAAUACCAUCAGCUCGGGUGAUAUUUCCACGACGAGUGGGAGCUCCGGCGAGAUUCCAACCUCCGUAGUGGUACCGAGGGAUGUUGAUUUGGCGAGGGAGGAGUUAAAUAUGAUGGCGAUUGUGACGGAGAGAGAGAAGUGUGUAGGGAGGAAUAAUAAAGGAGUGAGCUGGGGUUACACGUCAGUAAUAGGGAGGCGGAAGGAGAUGGAGGAUGCAGUUGCCGUUAUCCCGUGUUUUAUGUCUCGCACGUGCAAUCACGUUGGAGGUUGUAUGGCUCCUGGUUCUAGAACUUCCUCUGAGAUCUCUCCCAUCCAUUUCUUUGGUGUCUAUGAUGGUCACGGUGGCUCUCAGGUAGCUAAUUUCUGUAAAGAGAGAAUGCAUGAAGUUAUACUAGAAGAGUGGGAUCGUGAUCAAACAAUUCAUGGCUGUGAAUGGCAGAGAAGAUGGGAAGCUACAUUUUCUAGUGGUUUUGGGAGGGCUGACAAUGAGGUAUUGACCCAGGGAGUUGCACCCGAAAUGGUGGGAUCAACAGCAGUCGUUGUCGUGCUAUCUGGUUGUCAGAUUAUUACAUCCAACUGUGGUGACUCCAGGGCUGUACUUCUUCGGAGGACGGAAGCUAUUCCUCUUACUGUUGACCAUAAGCCUGACAGAAGUGAUGAACUAAUGAGAAUUGAAGGGCAAGGGGGGAGAGUCAUAAACUGGAAUGGUGCUAGGGUACUUGGGGUCCUUGCUAUGUCCAGAGCUAUAGCUUACUUUCAUGUCCUAGGUGAUCGCUAUUUAAGGCCAUGGAUAAUACCGGUGCCUGAGGUUACUUUCAUGACUAGGACUGAUGAGGAUGAAUGCUUGAUUUUGGCGAGUGAUGGUCUUUGGGAUGUCAUGACAAAUGAAGAGGUGGGAGAAGUUGCUCGCCGGAUACUAAGAAGGUGGCGCAGAUCAUCUGAUGGUUUUUCACCAGCACAAACCGUUGCUGAUAAUCUCCAAGAAAUAGCAUAUGGCAGAAACAGCUCUGAUAACAUUUCAAUCAUUGUUGUUGAUCUGAAAAAGAGAAGGCGCCAGGUGAGGCAGUCAAGAGGGGACUAGGAUCACUUGCACUGCCUCCUAUUUCCUUGAAAUACCAUUAUCUCUCCUCUCAAAGUUAGAGCUGAGUUCAAUUGUUUGAAGUUCAUUGUCUCUGAUAGACUGGACUCUCAUCAUGUGACUCAAUAGGUUUGAGCUCCUAUUCCUGACCUGUAUAGAACCGGCAGACAACUGCUGCUUCAUAACAUCCAGAACUGGUUCCCUGUCGCCAGAAGAAUAGAUCAAUCCUUACUUUUAACUGGUUUGAUCAAAACGAAAAAAAAGAAGAAGAAAAACUUAAUUGAAAAGAAGAAAAGUGGUUGCAUGAUAUUCCUGUAAGCAAGAGGAAAAAAACUGGGAGAUUGCAAGAUCAUUCUUGCUUCUGUUUUUCAAUUUGAAGUUAUUGUUUGGUUUGUGUUGGAAAUAACUAUUCUGUCUUCAGUCUUGAUGCCUGGGAGGUCGAAUAAGAUUGACAGUACUUGUCAAAUCGCAGGCAUUUGUUAAAUCAUGAAAUUGUGCCCCGUUUGUUCACUGGCGAUUUGUGAAAAGCUUAAU